AUGAUCAGGGAGACAGAAGACCCCAACCAGACUGUGGUGGACUUCUUCUUCCUGGAGGGUCUGAGGUACACAGCUGAACAUCCCAGCCUCUUCUUUCUGCUCUUCCUCCUCAUCUAUAGCAUCACGGUGACUGGGAAUCUCCUCAUCCUCAUCACUGUGGGCUCUGACCCUCACCUCUGCUCCCCCGUGUACCACUUCCUGGCGCACCUCUCCUUCCUGGAUGCAUGUCUGUCUACGGUGACAGUGCCCAAGGUCAUGGUAGGCCUCCUCACUCCAGAUGGAAAGGUGAUCUCCUUUGAGGGCUGUGCUAUCCAGCUUUACUGCUUCCACUUCCUGGCCAGCACCGAGUGCUUCCUGUACACAGUCAUGGCCUACGACCGAUACCUGGCUAUCUGCCGACCCCUGCACUACCCGGUGGCCAUGAACAGGCGGAUGUGCUCAGGACUGGCUGGGAUCACCUGGACCAUGGGUGCUGUGCACUCCGCACUCCAUACCUGCCUCACCUUCCGCUUGCUCUACUGUGGGCCUCGUCACAUCGCCUACUUCUUCUGUGAUAUCCCCCCAGUGCUGAAGCUGGCCUGUGCCGACACCACCGUCAAUGAGCUUGUCAUGCUUGCAAACAUUGGCAUUGUGGCUGCAGGUUGCCUCUUCCUCAUCGUCAUCUCCUACGGCUUCAUCGCCGCAGCGGUGUUGCGCAUUCGCACAGCGGAGGGCAGGAAGCGCGCCUUCUCCACCUGCACCUCCCACCUCACGGUGGUGCUCCUGUACUACCUGCCCCCGGUCUGCAUCUACCUGCAGCCUCGCUCCAGUGGGGCAGGCGUCAGGGCCCCUGCCGUCUUCUACACCAUAGUCACUCCCAUGCUCAACCCUUUCAUUUACACCCUGCGGAACACAGAGGUGAAGCAGGCUCUGCGAAGACUUCUGGGCCAAGACUCCAGAGACUCUCCAGCAGGCAGCCCACUCUGCUAA